GGUGGCGGAAAGGCGGGAAUCACCCGUCUGUGGCUCCGGGGAAAAGGCCCCGCUCGCCGCCGCCGCAACUAACACAGACGCGGGGUGAAAGGCCAGCUACACCUCUCUUAGUAAGCGAGGAGGUCGCGAAACCUCACACGAGUUCGCCAUUUGUGCUCGGGGAGAGUUAAAGCUGAGGGAACUGAGCAGGUCCCCUCGUAAAACUCCUCCGGCUGGGGAUAUGGCAAAGGUUCCAUCAUUGGAAUGAUGGCAGUGAAUGUGUUCCCUCCCCUGACGGAUAUUCCCGGCUCCGACCCUCUUGGCCAAGCUUCUCCUCUGUCCUGCUCGCUACAGGAGGAAGUGUGUUCCAGAAAGGCGGGUUGGAGAGGAUUUACGCCCUGGGUGAAAGGCAAGAAGAAAAAAAAAAACUCAACAGGGUAAACUAACGUGGGUUUGAUGCUCUGACGACGCUGUGCCAAGACUGAUACUGCUGACAGCUGGUGGGCACAGCCCAUCUUCCGGAGUCCCCAGUGCAAGGACACGCUGUUGAGUCGGGAUGAUCCACUGGGAGGACCUCAUGUUGUCUUUGCCAGAGGGAAGUAAAGGGCAACAGCUGUAGGGAGCCAUCACUCAGCUUACGGGCAUCCAGUAUUUAAUCAGGAGGCAAGGAGAUGGAGAAGCGAUUGGACACCAGCGGAGAUUCGCGGUGGAGAAGUGUCAAGCGGAAAUCAGAUGAUACUUCGGAGGGGCAGCGACAGGGCGGGGGGAAGCUCUGCCCCUCGCGCAAGAACACGGGUGACACACGUGCCCACUCUCUGCCCGUGUUGCCGGCCCAUUAUGACCUGAAGUUUCCCGACUACAGGCAGCCGGUGGAGAUCGGCUGCUUCUCGCUGGACUCCCACCGGCAGCUCUUUAACGACGACAGGCAGCUGAGGUUCUGCAGAAUGCCCCCGGACAAGAAGCCACGCUUCAACCUGCGAGACGGAUUCAAAGACAGAUACAUAAAGCGCAACGACAGCGUGAAGGAAAAGUUGGACCACGUCCUGAAGUGGAUUUUGCUCAACAGACAGAAGUUCCCCACGCUGGCCGGAGAGAGGGGCUCCCCUGCCGUGACAAAUCAGCUGCACACGGACUUUAUCACGUGGAGAGGGCACCUGACAAAGAUCCUCACCACCCCUUAUGAGAACAGAGAGGGCUGGCUGAUGGCCGUGACGCUUUUUAAUGGCACCUAUUACAUGAGUGAGGUGGAGACUGAGGAGGCCAGGUGCCAGAGGGAGCAGAGGACUGAGCAGCAGCAAGAGCUGAUGUACGGAGGAUAUAAGUUUGAGCAGUACCUGUGUGCAGAUAAAGCGGAAGGGAGCCCGGAUCCGUCCGGAGUGGUGAACACCAACGAGGCGUUCUGCUGCGUGGUCCGAACCCGACUGGACGGCCACUCCCUCGUGUUCUCGGGCGAGGUGGAUUGCAAGGACAACUCUGAUCCGCGGCUAAAGCCCCCUCAGUGCUACGUGGAGCUGAAGACCAGCCGAGAGAUCUACAGUCCUAACCAGGACAAGAACUUCCUCAGAUUUAAACUGAUCAAAUGGUGGGCACAGUCCUUCUUGCCAGGAGUUCCUCAAAUCGUUGCGGGAUUUCGGGAUGACAGUGGCACGGUGGUCUCACUUCAGACUUUCGAAACAAUGAAGAUUCAUCACUUGGUCAAGAACGAGCGGGGUUGCUGGAAGCCGGCCGUCUGCCUGAACUUCUGCAACGCCUUCCUGUCCUUCGUAAAGCAAGUGGUGACCCUCGACAAUCACCGGAUGGUGACCCUUUUCUCCUGGGAGCCUGGAAAAGAUGUUUCAUACACAUUGCACUCAGACGGUGCGUUUGGCUUUCUCCCAGGCUGGUAUGUGGGGAGUGUGUUUGGACAUUCGGGGACUUUGGGUACUGCAGGUGAGAAAGUCCCCGACAUCUGACUCGCUGUCGAAAGGAACUUGUUGCUGGAUCUGCCGCUGCUGGCGAUUUUACAUUUCUGUGUAAGGUGAUGCUUUAAUGUAAAUAACACAAAGUGCUGGAGGAACUCAGCCAUGACAGUAUCUAUGGAGGGAAGUUUGAAGACAGUAGUUUGAAGGCAGCACCAUGAAGAUGCAGCACCAUUUCGCCUUCACACUGGCAGCCAUCUCGUUCUCCAGCUGCUAAAAAUGGUCACCGCCACAUUUGGCAUCGAUGAGAGACAUUGUUCACAUCUGGCGACUGAACAGAUCGUACGUUCAGAUCCAAGCAAUGUGGGUCGGGCAGCGUGAAGUCAAGAAACACGCAUAUUCAGCAAGUCAGUCUAAUCAUACACUGCUCACGGUCUAGUCGGCUUUGAUGUGCUUAUUUACCUUCAAUCGUGUUACCUUUGGGAAAGCUUGCCUUUUCUUCCUGUAUAUAAAAUGGAUUAAAAUAGGAAUUGGAAGCUCAAUGGUCAGCAUGGACUAUGGGCCGAAUGGCCUAUUUCCAUGCUGUGUGACGCUGUUUUUGUUACUCAUAGCAACAACUUUUCAUGAGUGUCUGAGUAAGACCGCACGUUGUGUCUUCUGCAGGAGGGGCACUAUGGGCCAGCAGCAUCUGUGGAGGCGGAGGGUAUCUGAUUGUAACCUUAAUUCUUCUCUGAAUUACCCUUCUCUGGGCUGAUGGAAGCCCAGUGGAGAGAUGUGGCGA